AUGGCAACGGAUUCAUGGUCAUCAAAGCUUCUGUCUUUCAUUUUAGAGUUGAGAAGAGUCAUUGAUGCUCCUGGACUUCGUGAUUUCAUCAAGAACAUGAUUACUGGUACCUCCCAGGCUGAUUUUUCUGUCGUGAUCAUCUUGGAUUUGGUAUUGGGAAACAAUGACGCUUUGUUUAGACGUGCUCAGUUGAAAGCUCUUGUCUCCAUUCACAGCCAAGAGGCUGGCAAGGGAGGUGAACUUACGCAUGAUGAGACAACAAUUAUUAGUGGAGCACUUGAUUUGAUCGAGAAGACUGCACAAGAAGCCAUGACGCCAAUCGAAUCAACCUUCUCCUUGGAUGUAAAUUCAAAAUUGGACUGGGAAGCUAUGGGUAAGAUUCUAGCACGAGGCAAUAGCCGAGUUUGUGUCUACUUUGGAAAUCCUAAAAACGUUAUUGGACUUCUCUCGAGAAUUUCUUACCCAUAA